UCCUCACCGCUACGUCUUCUUGCAGCCCCGGAAGCGCUCCUGUCUGGUGCCACGUCAGGCUUUUACCGGUACAUAAACACCAUCACUGUCAUAUCCAGACUGCAUCCAUAAUACCGAGCAUCUCCAGUGGACAGAGUUUUAAAGGACAGCCUGAGCCUCUUCGUUUUGUAUUAGCGCGUUUCGGUAAUCCACUGUCUCCCGUGAUAAGCCGUGCAUCAUGACAGUCACGAUUCCUUUGUUCCGUUGCUUCCUCUUAUUCUUUCAUGUUGUUGUAGUUUUUCAUUUGGUUUCCGCGACUGAGCUGACGUUUGAGUUGGCUGAUGACGACAAACAAUGCUUCUUUGAAGAAAUUGAAAAAGGAGAAAAGUUUUCACUAGAUUAUCAAGUAAUUACAGGUGGUAACUAUGACGUAGACUGUUCCAUCGUGGAUCCAGGAGCGAAGGUCCUGUACGAAGAGAGUAAGAAGCAGUACGACCACUUCAGCCACACGGCUGAGGAGACCGGUGUGUACAAGGUCUGCUUCAGCAAUGAGUUCUCCACCUUCUCGCACAAGACAGUGUACUUCGACCUGCAAACCGGGGAGGAGCCUGCCCUUAUCCCAGAAAUGCAUAACAGGGUCUCCGCUCUCACCCAGAUGGAAUCCUCCAGCGUCUUAAUCCACGAGAUCCUGAAGACCAUCUCCGAGUCCCAGACUCACUACCGCCUGAGGGAAGCCAUUGACCGCAUCAGGGCGGACGAGAUCCACGAGCACGUCAUGUACUGGUCAGUCGGGGAGACGCUCAUCCUCUUUGUGGUCAGCAUCAGCCAGGUGGUGAUGCUCAAAAGCUUCUUCACUGACAAGAAGCCCCUCCCAGGACUCAGCUCCUAGACAUGGGAGUUUUCUUCCAUUUUGCAGGGUGUGUAUCAAGGUACACAAUCUUUUUCAAAUUUGUACUUUUCUUUGGUGCAUAGUGUCUCCUCCAGUAUGUUAUAUUCAUGCCAUGCUCUUUGUUGCAUUUCUUUUUUAAUUAUUGUUAACGAUUUUCAAGGCACACACUAUGAUUGAUGAGAAAGUGCCUCCUGUUUCAUGCCUCAAUGUCCUUUUACUUCCCCUGGAAAUGCACGCACAAACAGGCUAAGCUUUGGAACUGUGCUCUUAAUUGAAACCUUUGGCACCCAGCCUUAGAAAAAAGAUAUAUAAAUAUUUAUCUGUAUUGCAAUCUUUUAUCGAUUUGACUUUAAAAAGACACACACACAGACAGCACAUUCUUUAAAUUGCAAAAGUUUAAGGAGUAGCAACAUUUUCUCAUCAAACAAGCUGCUGGAAAAUAGCUUUAUGAGUCUAAAAUCGGGUUCUAUUCCACGCUAACCCUGUGGACAUGGUAAAGGCAGGUGCUGCCUAAGCCCGUGUGGAAUGUGUGCGCCUGAUUCUACAGCUUGGCUGUUACUUUCUUUAUCUUUUUGGACAUUGUUUUAGCACUUGGACUUGGUGUACUAUAAUUGACACCAAAAGCAGUAAAUGUUAAAUAUAACUCUCUGGUCUUACAAAACUGCAUCAGGUUCCUCUCACUAUCCACUCGUCAUCCAUUCCUGUAUCCUGUUUGUCUUGACUGCAUUUCAGCAAGUUCCACAUUCCUCGAGAAGCAUCUGCUAAAGGUAUUGAGACCCAGGCCAUUAACAGGAAGGUUGUGUCGAGGCUUGUGUCUUGAAGCUGUUGUUUUCCACCCUCUUUGUGGAUGCUCAGUGUGUGAUUGUGUGCCAGGGAGCUACGUUCUGGGUUCUGGUGGGUUCAUGUUUCUGCCCUGUGGGGCAGGUUUAGCUCAUUUCUUUCCUUGACAGGAAUCCAGUAUGUGUUCAUCGUUUGCUCUGUGGCAAGACACUGAACCACGUGGUGACUGUUUGUUCCCUGCGAGACAGACCUGUGUGAGCAAAGCAAAGCAAGGAGGUACAAUUAGAGAGGAGGGCAGGAGGGGAACAUGUACUUCAAAACGAAAUAAAAACAGCAUUGCAAAAAUGGA